UGUCGCUGAAGCGAGACGUGAUAUAACCUUGUCGUCAUUUGACUCCCUGAACUUGAACGAGGUCGAAUCCUCUGGUACUAUAGGCUUGCACAGACACGUUUAAAAUUCAAAUUUCAAGUGGCCAACAAUGAACACAAUCCAGGUAAUGGUUACUAACUGAUAGUUGAGAGGGAUGCGAAAACACUAACCAUAAACGUGAUUCAAUGACGUUAUUUUGUCACAUUACUCUUUAUUUUCGUUGUUCGUGGCUUUGAUAGGCGUUGAGGCCAUUAUUUGACUCAAUUCAAUUUAAUUACAGGGGAAAAGGUAUUUUUUUAUUAUUUUCUUUUUUCACUGUAAAAUAAAACACAUGUACACAUUUUUUAGUUAACAUUAGGCUGCCACGGCGCCCUACCACCACCCCAUUCUGAAAUACGGGUGUACUUUUCUAGUAAUAUAUACAUUUUAAAAACAGUGUAAAUUCUAUCAGAAUAAUGUAUUUCCUUUCAGUUCAGUUUAUUGAUCGUCAUUCAAUCGGUGUCAACAUAGUGGAACGGUCCGUGUUCUCUUCUCAUGGACAUGAACAGCUGUCGUACCGUUUAGUGAAAGCUGUGAAUAAUAAUUUCUAGGCUACGAGAUUUAACAUAAGGGCUGAAAAUUUAACAAUUUAAAAACACAAGAGAUCUAAAGUAUUCGUCUGGAUUAGAAAUCAGCCGCAAAUGGACUUCUUGAGUGAAAAUCAUGAUUUAAUUAGUGAUUUUUUAGAUUUGGUAUUUUAACUUCAUAAUUAUAGAAGAAAAGUGUAGUCUAGGAGUGCGAAAUGGGGUAGGGUAGGCGUAUAAUAAACAGCUUCUCAAAACUCAAUGAUGUUUGACAAGUAAACAUCUUUACUUUGAUACAUAUGUUUGAAAUAAGUAACCGGGAUGAGUUUUCCCAAUAGCAGGUAGAAAUUUACGCUGAAGUGCCUCCCGUUAUUACUAUAACAUUAUUAUUUUCCACUAUUUUAGAUCAGUUUUAUUCUUUAUACCUACAGUCUAUAAUUAAAUUUUAAUGGCCAUGUCAUUGUUGUGUACUGAAGAUAUUACAAAUUCCCUUGGGGCAAAAAAAGAAAGGACAUUACAUAUAUUCUUUUCCAAUAAAGUCAAUAUUUAAUGUUUUUAUUCUUAGUUUUUAAAGGACUCUUUAAAAAAACUUUAAUAAAAAUCAAUUAAACACUUGUAUUGAUGGCUGGUGUUGAAGUCAAAUAUACAAAUAAUAAUUUUUGUUUCCUUAAAAUCAUUUCACAGAAUUUCCCUAAUUGAACCAGCAACGAGGCAAUAAUGUUUCCUGCACAUUCGUUUUCGGGCUCAGAACUUCCAGGCAGCUUAGGAAAGGACAAUGAACUGUGUAAACUGAUUAAAAAUAUGAUAAAACUUACAGGAAAAAUUGAGUGUCAAGAUGAUGACGAUAGUUGGGGAACAGGAUUUGUACAAAAGAUUCGCUUUAAACUCGGGAAGUGCCCCUGCCUUAUCUGUAAGGGUGAAGUGUCUGAAAAGAAGUUUGCCAUUUUAACAGUUAGUACUGUUGUGCACAUUUUAGAUGAUUCUCCAGACAGGGAGGAUGCAUUUCAUGUGGUUAGUCAGAAAAUCGAAGAAGUAGGAAUGACUGUGCACUAUAAACAAGAACGAUUUAUUCAACUGUACGGCUCCAAACUGCUGGAAACAGACAAAGAUCUUGGAAUAGAAAGAGACUGGUGUUGUUUAGAAUUCGUGACUCAUAAACUGCGCGAGGUAAAAAAAUUGAACACAAUUUUAACGAAAUAUCAAGAGUUGCAAGGGAAAGUAUACCAGAGAUACAAAGACGGGUCAGAGAACCUUGUCGUCGUUGUGGGUUACCCUAGCCCUAAACCUAACCCUAAGUCUAACCCUAACCCUAAGCCUAAGCCUAACCCUAACCCUAACCCUAACCCUAACCCUAACCUAAGCCCAAAGCAAAUAAGUAUCGGUAAAAUAACGCGCGAGUACGAGCCUUUAAAAGAGAUACGAGAUGGUCAACGCUGGGGACGAUAUUAUUACGACGCGGAAACUGACCAUGGAUGUAGUGGUGCCCCAAUCCUUAUUCUAGGCCAACCCAUCUCUGGAUUCGGAUACUGGUUUGGCCAUCCACAUAACCACUGUGUCGGUGUCCAGCCCGAUGGCAAUGAUAGAUACAGUUCAAUCGGAGUAGAAUAUGACGUGGGUAAUGGGGCUUGAUUGGGAAAUAAAGUAGUUGGCUUAUUAUCAGACAAGAUUUAUAUGAAAUGUAUUAAUGCACUACUGCCAUGUCUUUUAGAAUUUCUCUUCAUCAACAUCAUACCUAGCAUUUAAUAAAGAAAAAUGAAAUUUUUACCUAUGUUAUUUUGUAUAUGUCC